AUGCAAUCUGCCAAGGCAGUGAUAAACGGUACAAACCAGGGGUUUCAAGUGGUGCAAAACAACGGGUCCAUCAGCCUUGCGCAGCCACCACCGGAUUACUCAUGUCUGCGUGACUUGCGAACAACGGAUCCCCGUGAUGAUAAGCAUCGAAUCGAAUCGGAAAAGGGAGGACUCCUAGCUGAAUGUUGUCUCUGGGUUUUGAAAAACAAAGAGUACACCAACUGGCGUGAUGACCCAAAUAAUCGAUUGUUAUGGAUCAAUGGUAGCCCCGGUAAAGGGAAGACGAUGCUUGUCUGUGGGAUAUUAAAUGAUCUGUCUGCACGCUCGAUUAAUGUGGCCUUCUUCUUCUGCCAAGCUAGUGACGAUCGUAUCAAUACUUCCACGGCCGUUCUGCGGGGACUGAUAUUCAUGCUGGUCGAUCAGCAACCUUCGCUUCUCCCUCACGUUCAAAAGCGGUACGACAUUACAGGAGAAGCACUUUUCACAGGAAUCAACGCAUGGGCUGCGCUGAGCCAAAUAUUGUCAGACAUUUUGGAGGAUCCACAGUUACAAACUACAUACUUGGUAAUUGACGCGCUCGACGAAUGCGUCGGCGGGCUACAGCAACUCCUGGAUUUUAUCGCCGACAAGUCCUCUCUGGAUUGCCGUACGAAGUGGCUUGUUUCGAGUCGCUGUUGGCCGAUUAUUGAGGAAUCCCUAGGACUGGUAACCCAAGAUUCUAGGGUGUCCCUUGAGCUGAACGAGGAGACUGUGGCCCGGGCUGUCGAGAUGUAUAUUGAACACCAGGUUCAAAUUCUGUCUCAGCGAAAAAAAUAUCAACCCCAAACAAAAGAAUCUGUCCAUCGCCAUCUACUGAAAAAUGCCCAAGGGACUUUUCUUUGGGUGGCUAUCGUCUGUCAGGCCCUCGCAAAAACAAAGGCCUGGAAAACGAUCGAUCUGCUCUCCAGCUUCCCGCCGAAGCUUGAACCUCUCUAUGAAAGAAUGCUAUUGGGACUCCUUGAUUCAGAAGAAUCAGAGAUAUGCAGUACGGUACUCGGGGUCGCUUCGACUGUGUAUAGGCCUAUCAUGCUCGAUGAGCUUUCUUCCAUGGUUGACAUGCCUGAGGAUAUUGUUGGGAAUGAGGAAUAUUUGGCAGAGAUAGUUGGUCUCUGCGGCUCUUUCCUGACAUUGAAGGACAACGCAAUAUCCCUAAUUCACCAAUCCGCAAAAGAUUUCCUAGCAAAGAAUGGGUGUGAUCGGAUCUUCCCUGGAGGAAUUCAAGCAACGCAUCAUACGAUAUUUUUACGGUCAAUCAAUUCAUUGUCUAGGACGCUUCAGCGGAAUAUAUACAAUGUCCAGUCCCCAGGCUGCCUAAUUGAAGAGAUACAGAAGCCAGCUCCAGACCCGCUAAGAUCAAUAGGAUACGUGUGUGCGAACUGGCUGGACCAUCUUCAAGACGCAUACCGUUCGAGAAGCGACCUACAACUCACAUCUGAAGAUAGCAGAGUUCUGUCUUCAUUUUUCGAAAGCAAAUUCCUGUAUUGGCUGGAAGCCCUGAGUCUUUUGAGGGACAUACAUCGUGGGAUAAAAACAAUGCUGGCAUUCCGCGAUUUGCUCGAGUCGUUCGAUGUGUCCAGGAUGUUCAUGAAGCGAAUCCAGGACGCCUGUCGGUUCAUUCAACAGAACGGCACGAUUAUCCAACAAGCUCCCAUGCAAACAUAUAGCUCUGCUUUGAUUUUUACUCCAAUGAAAAGCUUGACUCGAUUAUCCCACUUCGAUCAGAAAUCGAAAUGGCUCCUCCGCGAUCCGAAAAUGGAUCAAAAUUGGGGAUCCUGCCUUCAAACGAUCGAAUUACUAAGGCUUGCCAAGCAGAUAGAAUGGUCACACGAUGGGAAAAGACUCGCAGCAAUACUGAAUGAGGCUCACCAUAGUGUGAUUAUUUGGGAUCCAUUCUCUGGACAGCGCCUUUCCGUCUUGGAUGUUGAAGGAAUUGAAGUUUCGACGAUGGCCUGGUCUCCCAAAUACAUUGAGCAGCUCACUGUAGUAGAAAGCUCCACCUCUCAAAUUCAAACAUGGGAUACAGAUACUGGGAAAUGCAUCGCAGUAUUCCGGCCAUCUGCCACGGAUAUGGGAUACCCAGAUCAUAUAUGUUGGUCAAGAAACUCUACUUGGCUUGCAGCAUCUGGCUGCAAAGGAAUUGACAUAUGGAAUGGCAUAACCGGACUCUGGACCCUAUGUAUCCCGAUCAACAGGGAUUACUCUCUUUCCAGCCCCUUUUCAUGGUCGCCAGAUGGAACUCAAAUUGCGAUUUCUUCUGACAAGGGCCAAAUUAGGAUCUGGGACCCAUCGAAUGGUCUUCAGUCAGCCUUUCUUUCGAUCCGUGGAAUAGUAAAGUCGAUUGUGUGGUCCCCCGAUGGGACUCAAAUAGCCGUUAUUUUGGAGGAUUUUACCCUGAUGAUAUGGGAUUUCACUACAGGUGGGCUUAGAUUCGUGCUCUCAGAUGUGAAGACCAAUCCCGUUUGGUCACCGAGCAGACGACGACUGGCCUCCCUGACAAAAGACAAUCACAUUGCAAUCUCGGAUCCUUUUCAAGGGAAAGAAAUCUCCAUUCUACGAGACCAUGUAAAGUUCAUUCGUGCUAGGGAUAUGGGCUGGUCUCCUGAUGAUACUCGUCUAGUUCUAUGUUCAGGAGAUCACAUUACUCUCUGGGACCCUUCUUCCGGCCAAUGCACCUGUGUACUGAAUGGACAUACCUCUCAAAUUGUGCUAGUCUCAUGGGCACCGUAUGGGGGUCAUAUUGCAUCUGAAUCGAUUGAUAAUAUCGUGAAGAUCUGGGAAACUUUUGACAACGACGAUGUUCUGUCUAACGAGAGUCAACCGGGGGGUUUAAGAAGUGGAAGCCCUUACCACAUUUCUUGGUCUCAUGAUGGAAGGCUGUUGUCACUAAACUUGAUGGAAGAAGCGGGAGUCUGGAAUGCCACUGCCGAUGAUAUCAUCACUUUCCAAGGCCUUCAAUAUCUCGAGUCAAUAUGCUGGUCACCUCAAACCCCUCUCCUUGCAGCUGUGAGCCGUGGGCAAGUGAAAAUAUGGGACUCAGCGACGUGGAAUUGCAUAUGGACAAGUGGUUUUCAAAUUCGAGAACGUGACUUUUUUUGGUCACCUGAUGGUCGUAAAAUUGCUAUGAUUCUAGCCUCGCAUCCUGCGAUUGGGAUCUGGGAAAAGAGAAGCCUGUCCGGUUCUUGA